CCAUCCUCCCUUCCUCAACCCAAUUUCCUGCGUAUUUUUAGACCUCCGCCCUCGCUUUUUCUCCCUGCUUCCUUCUCAUCUCCACAGCUCGUCCCAUCCCCCAUCAUUUGAUCUCAAAGAGAAAAGAGGAAAGGGAAAGAAUUUCCCAAAAAAGCCAAGAGGGAAAGAAAUGGAAGCUACGAGCGCGAGAGGCAACCCGAUGGCCAUGACGACGAUGACCACGCCGCCGCCCGCGGCUGCGCAGAGGUCGCCGUGGCAUUCUCCUGUGCCGUACCUCUUCGGGGGCCUGGCAGCGAUGCUGGGCCUCAUAGCUUUCGCGCUUCUCAUCCUUGCAUGUUCCUACUGGAGGCUCUCGGGUUACCUGGAAGGCAACGGCGAGGGAGGAGACAGAGACAUUGAGGCCGGCGAGGCCAAGAACGACGAGGACGACGAGACGAAGAAGAAGAAAGAGGCGGCUUUUGAAGAGAAGAUACUGGUGAUAAUGGCGGGUCAGGUGAAGCCGACCUUCUUGGCCACGCCCGUGUCUAGUAGCGCCAGCACCAGCAGGUCGUCCUCUUUCGGCGACAACUCCAGCGCCACCACCAGCAGCUGCAGCUGCAACGACUGUGACAAUAACAAGAGUGAGAGAUCGGAGGCUGAGACUGAGAUGGUGAAGCAGGGGACGCAAGAAAACCCUCACCCCACCACUUAAACUCUCUCUCUCUCUCUCUCUGAGAGAUGAUGUGAGAAGGGCAUUUCAGUUUUUACUUUUUAGCCUUUUGGGGUUUCAACCCAUUUUCUUGUGGGUUCUUUGUUGAUCCUUGGCCAUGUUUCGGUUUUUCCUUCUCUUAUUCGGGAAAUGUAAAUACUCACAAGAGAUUUAAAGAAUGAAAGAACCCCCUUUUCGUAGUUCUCGACCUAGAGUCCUGAACACAAA